ACCAUGCCGUGGGGCUGCUGCACUGUUCGAGAUGUGGGCCCCCCGCCGAAGGUGAUCUUCGGUGACGGCCUCGUCCUGCGUUCGAGCAACGUGGACCUCAAGGUGCCCCUCGUGCUUCUGGCGGAAUACCUCGAGCCCGUCUUCCGCCGCCAUGGACCCAAGGCGGCCUUUAUCGAUGCCGUGACAGGGGCGUCAACGAGCUACCAAGACCUGUGGGAACAGGCGGCCGCCAUGGCAUCGGCGUUCCAGCAACGAGGACUGACGCCCGGCGCCAAGGUCUGCUUCCACUGCUCCAAUCACGUCAUGAUGUGGCCGUCAUUCUUGGGAAUAACGAGCAUCAACGGAGUGAUCAUUAUGGCCAAGGCUUCACUUACAGUUCGAGAGCUCCUUUACCAGCUGGAUGACUCGCAACCCAUGUUUGUAGUCACUGAGCUGGAGCUUGCGCCCAAGGUCGAAGAGUGCAAGGAAUCUGUGCCCAGCAUUCAGGAAGUGUUCCUGUUCGGCGAGAGCGCCGACUACACGACUCUGAGCGAUCUACUGGAAGAGGGACGCGCCGCCGGGACGGACGGCGGUAAUCGGCCCCCGCGCACCGACCCUCGAGACACACCGAUGACCGUGCUCUACUCGAGCGGCACAACGGGCCUGCCCAAGGGGGUCGUCUCCUCGCACUUCAACUUCGUCAGCCAGAUCGUCCAGAGCGGGGCCGACGGCGAGCAGAUCCUGCAUUACACGGACGUGCUCGCCCAGUGGAUGCCAUGCACGCACCUCUCGGGCGUGUUUUUCACGCUGAUAGCGCUGGCAGAGGGCGCUACUGUGGUGCUUCUUCCGGGAUUCCGCGUCGAGUUGCUUCUCGCCUCCGUCCAAAGGUACCAGGCUACGUUCCUUCCGCUGCUGCCGACGUUCGCCGUAAUCGUGACCCAGUCGCCGCUUGUGAAGCGCACCAACGUGUCGAGCGUGCGUACCCUCGGCAUCGGCGGCAGCGUUACGCCGGAUGUGGUCGUCCAGGACCUGCUUCACAUAUUCAACCUCGAGACUCUCUUCCACGUGUACGGAAUGACAGAGAUGAGCGGCAUGGUCAGCAUAACGCCUUUGCACCAUGUCUCGUCGGAGACUGUUGGAUAUCCAAUGCCACUGACCGAAGUAAAGGUUUUAGACCUCGAUACCGGAAAGCCGCUGCCUGCUGAUAAAGACGGCGAGAUCUUGGUUCGUGGGCCCCAAAUGAUGCUGGGAUACCUGAACAAACCGGAGGCCACUGAGAACGCUAUCGAAGCGGACGGCUGGUAUCACACGGGCGACGUGGGCCACUACGACGCGCUGGGACAGCUGUACAUCGUGGACCGCAUCAAGGACCUGAUCAAGUGCAUGGACCAGCAGGUGGCGCCGGCAGAGCUCGAGGACCUGCUCAUGCGCCAUCCAUUUGUGCGCCAGGCGGCCGUGGUGGGUGUGCCGCACCGACAGAUGGGCGAGGCGCCCAGGGCUUUCGUCGUGCUCACCGACGAGGCGCGCGCCAUGCCCGCGCACGAGGUGGCGACUCAACUCAGCGAAAUGGUCGCCGAAACUUCAGCGCCACACAAGCAUCUCCACGGCGGCGUACAAUUUAUGGAAGAAUUACCGAAGUCGGAAUCUGGAAAAUAUCUCCGCCGGCAGCUUAGAGAUCAAUACAUGCAAUCCAUGUCAUAAGCACGCAUCAAAUAAAGAAUUGACA